GCACACAUGCACCUCGAUCCCAAUCCCAACACCAACCCUCUCUUCUCACUACAUUAUAACUGCACAAGCAAAAUCGCUUCCUGCUGAGAGCCUGAGACGGUUCAAGCUCGCUUCCGUUGCUAACUUCGUCGCUGCAACAUCAACUCCUUGCAAAAACAAGAGGAGGAAGAAGAAGCUUGGUCCCUGCAACAAUGGAAGUGGUGCUGGACAAUGCCGCCUGCGUCUCGGCCGGGGAGGUGGCCGGCCAGUACCGGGGCGUGAGGAAGAGGAAGUGGGGCAAGUGGGUGUCGGAGAUCAGGGAGCCCGGCAAGAAGACGCGCAUCUGGCUGGGCAGCUUCGAGUCGCCGGAGAUGGCCGCGGUGGCGCACGACGUCGCGGCGCUGCGCCUGCGCGGCCGGGAGGCCCGGCUCAACUUCCCCGAACUCGUCCACCGCUUCCGCCGCCCCGCCACCGCGGAGCCCGAUGACGUCCGGGCCGCCGCGCUCGAGGCGGCGGCCCAGGUCCGGUUCAUGCCAGACCUCCUAAUGCAACCCGCCGGCAGCGGAUGCUGCGGCGGAGGCGGCCCCGACCUGCUCAGCGGCGUGGCAUGGGACGUCCUGCUUGGCGCUGACGAGCUGGCGGCUGAGUCGCCCAACAUGUGGGCUGAGCUGGCCGAGGCCAUGCUCGUGGCCCCACCUGUCUGGGAGUGCAACGUAGCGGACAAUGACGAGUGGGCCCAGGGCUCUCUGUGGGACCUAUCCGUAUGGAAUUGCUAAUCCCGGGCCCACCAGCUGGUGCA